AUGGACUCGCCAGGUAGCGUGAUAUCGUUGGACAGCGAAGAUUCAUCUACCGCAGACCCUACUACUGCUGGAUCCCAUCCCACGCAGGCGCCCCCAAGCUUAGGUGGAAAUGUUAUGUCCGGCAAUAUGGAUACCACCAUCGUCUCCGACGACGACGACUCCUCCGACUCAGAUGUUUCCAUGUCUGCAGACACAGAUGACGAAGACGAACAAGGACUAGACUCAACCACCGCACAGGGGGCGACCGACGCAAACAAUUCCAAGCCAUCCGCUCCAGUACCAUCCACGAACCUUACAACGGAAGGUUCUAGAAAACGGAAAUACUCAAGCUCCACGCAAGAGGCCACCAAUGGACAUGUUUACAGUGGAGUUGAUGAAUAUGUCCGGAAGCGACUGAAGCCAGAUGAAGCUUUCCAAAGGUUUCGGAGUCCAGAAGGGAACUUGCUCAAUGACAGAUCCUUGUUGCCAGCCGAAAUUUGGCAUCACAUAUUUACUUUUUGUCCCCCAAGAGCGUUAGGCUCAUUAUUGCAAGUUAACAAAUCUUUCAAUGCCUUUCUUGAACCUUCCAAGGAUGUUUCCAUUGACGCCCUACCAGGGUCAGCCACAAAAGUCUUGAAUUCGGAUACUAUUUGGAAAUCUUCCAGGCUGCUUUUCCGCCAUGGAAUGCCCGGUCCGCUUGCAGGAACGUCGGAGCUGGACAUGUGGAGACUGGCCUGUGGACCGUCAUGCCAAUUUUGCAAUAAGAAACAGGCCAAAUCCACGGUGCCAGGGGACCAGUGGCAUCCCGGUCCUGGUGAAAGCGGAGUUGUACCCGUUUGGUCAUUUGGUAUUCGUGCAUGCGGCUCCUGUCUCGAACAGAAUUCAACGAAGAUAGCUAAACGGUAUUCCAACUCCCAUAUAGAGGACAUCAAACAAGAAUUCGACAAUGUCAAGGCUCUAGGAUCGGCCACAGCAGAAGAGUGGUUAAAAGGCUUAGACGAGCGCGGCAAAGAAAGAAAGAGUGAUGCAGCACGCUGGGAAAGAUAUGAGUCUAUGGGAGGAGUCACGAACAUGCGCAAGGUGCAUCACGAAACCCCAAAACCAGAAGGUCAAAAUAGCAACCUCAUUGCAGCUGGAAUUGCAAAGCCGAUAUUCCAUGCGACGAAUGGCAAUAACAAAGGGUUCCCACUUCAGCCCACCAAUCCGGGGCAGCAAACGAGACCAUUUCCAAAUUUCCAGCCACCUGGAACCUCACAGCCUGCCCAUACAGUUUUUCCAACUGCCCCGGGGAGGUUCGAGUCGCCAUCACAAAAUGGCUUCAACCAAUAUCCCCUUCCACGCCAACACCCUCAAGCUAGGCCCGAGAGAACCAAGGAAGAAGUUACCCAACUGAAGGCAGCGAGACGAGCUGAAAUAGAGCGGCGGUGUAUGAUGCUCGAACCACCACUGACAGCCGGUGUUCUAGCACACAUGUCUUCAUUCCAGGCUGCUAUACAGAUUAUCCAACCCCUGAACGACGGUGCGUGGGAUGUACUCAAGCCAAGACUACUUUCCCAGCGCGAAGAAGCCGAACAGCGGGAAAAUGAUCGACUGGCUCAGACCCGAGUGGUUCAAGAGCGAUUUGACGAACGUCGAUACCAGGAUGUUCAAAUCAAUCCAGAGGCUAAAGAUAGCCUUGAUAGAGAAUGGGAUGACAUUCAAGCUCCGUUGCGGGUAAGAAUUGGUGGGUAUGCGGAUGAAAUUAUCCGUGACGGGUGGAAUGGUGGUGAAAAGGUGAACUAUGAAAACUGCCCAAAAUUUGCCGCGGACGUCUUAAUAUAUGUGCGGAAGCGGUUCUAUGCAGAGAUAUCCAAAGAUGAGGCAGCUGUCCGCGCAACAGGCCGGGAACCGGAAAUUGAUCCUCUCCACGGCCCGUAUCUUCGAAAGCUGGUCUUGGAAAAUAUGAAGUGGGUAUUCGAUACUAAGGUCAAGCCGCACACUGAACACCACCGUAAGGAGCUGUUUCUUUGCAAUGCCUGCGACAGUCACCUGAAGUUCUACGGCUUUGAGGGUGUUAUCCAACAUUACGCAGCCAAGCACACCAGUUCCCUUAGUCUGGGAAGUGUAGUGGUCCAUUGGAAAUCGGAAUGGCCAGAAAUCCCUCCCUUCAAUCCCGAUCCUACGGCUGUAAUUAAUGGUUCUUACUAUGCCGCUGCGCCAAGUGCCAGUGCGCCAUAUGCAAGUACCGGUCCAGCAUCAGCACCCCAGCAAAACUAUGGAUAUGGUGGGUAUCAAUCAGCGCCUGUUUCGGUGCCCAUACAGGCUCCAAUGCCAGCUCCUAUGCAGCCUCCCAUGCAAGCUCCCAUGCCUGUUCACAAUUCCCGUGUGUACCAGGAAAGUCCUGGCCCAUAUUAUGGACAUCCUCAAUUUGGAGAUCAAUUCUCGGGCCACCAAAAUGGGCCAUACCAGCCUCCGCAAGCGUAUCAGGAUACUUCUCAAGGAUACCAAAACCCGCAAUAUACGAUGCCACCCCCGCCACCUGGUAAUGUUGGAUACUCUGAUGCUCCCCAAGACUAUUCCCAACAAGGAUAUGGUGGUGUUUAUCCAGCAUCAAGUCCAGGCAUGUAUUCCUCAAAUCAAGGCCAGUAUCCGGCUUCCGCUCCUGAAAUCUCCGUCCAUCAGCAUGCACAUGAUCCACAAGUCAAUCAAUAUGGGCCUUCCUACAAUCAACAACCAUCAUAUCCCGCUAGCAGCUACGUACAGGAGGCGCCAAAGACCGAAGAGUGGAAGAUGCAACUUCAGGCCAUUGCAAAGACUGCGCGUGAGGUCUGGAAUACUAUCAACCCCGUGAAGGAGAUCCCUGGAAAUGUCAAAGUUUACACCAUUAUUUACCAUAUCUUACAAAGAUCCAGAGCCUCCUACCCAGAAGACCCUCCGCUCCCAAUGGUUAUCGAAGGCCUGAAUCAUAAUAAAGAGAUGCGUCCAGCCCGGAACAUUAAUGGACUUCUCUGUAAAGCUUGUGCUUUGGGUCAGGCAGGAUACACGCCCGCUCUCCAGAAGAAGCAUUUCUCUUUCCCUCAACUCCUUAACCACUUCCGUGAAGCACAUGAAGCCGCUCCCCAAAAUUUGAGAAAUGAAAUGGGUUAUUUUCCGGAUUGGACGAAGGAUAUGGUCCAGCUUCCGGACAUUUCCAAAUUGACCUCACUUUCCAAGUCCUCCGACCAUAGGCUCAAGCUAGUGAAAGAGGCUCUCCCAGAAGUAUUUGCGCCACCUGUUACUCAUGGGACGGAUGCGCGAAAUGGACCAUCGCACCAGGACUACGCAAUGGCAGACCAGAACACUCAUGGAAAUCUUGCUCCAUCUCAGGAUAAUCACGACAAGUAUUACACUACCACCAGUGACAAUAAGACACAUGAUUUUGCCAAUGUAUCAUACGAUAAUGGAGAGUAUGAUCCUCGAAACCCUCACGAACUGCCUCUAGACAGUCGACCCGUCUACAAAUCUGCUCGUCAACUCAGUCAUCCUCGAGAAUUUGAAAUUCCUGAUGACCGUACCUAUGGAUACACAAGUCGCGAUGAAGAACACCGCCAACCCUUGUAUCAAUAUGUGGAGCAACGGCAUGUGUCCCCGCCCUCUCAUAUCAGAGCCGCUGGUGACUACGAACGCGUUAUUAUUCGCGAAGAAGCACCAGUGUAUGUUGAUAGGCGUCCUCGUUAUUUGGAUGCAGGCGAAAUUGAAUACAGAGUACGACGUGACCCUCUUCCCCGUUAUGAGGAUCGGGAGCCUGUAUUCUUGGGGCGAGAUCCCCGACAUGUAAAUUCCGAGUCAUAUGAAGCAAACAGAGAAGAUCAUCAGACCCUCGUCGCAAGAGAUCCACAUGCUCGAGAUGAGGACGCCACAGCUCAGCAGAACACUAUUUCCCAGGUUGUAGCACAGAUUUCCCAGCACGCACAACAAGCAAGAGAUAGAUUACCCCCUAAAGAGCCUCCUACUGAGGUUGGUUCUGAGGAUGGUGAAGUUCGACCAGAACCUGAUCCACAAUCCGAGAUCCACCCCUCGCGUCCAGAAGAAGCAAAUGAUGCCGCAGAACGGUUUUUAAACGACUUCCGCCCCAGUGGAACGAAAGUGGCUGCAAGUAAACCGGAGCGCCACCAAGGAGAUAAUCCUCGAGCCAUUUGGGAGCCCCCUCGUAACGAGGAAGCACGCUACAUUCAGGAUCCCGCAGAAUCACGCCGCCGUGUGCACGACAGCUAUGAUAAAGUUGGCGGGAAUUUUGCCAGUGAAGGGCAUCCUGCUAACCGAAUUGUUGAUGAUGCUGGAUACGUGGUAAUUGAGCGGCAACCACCAAGGCAAGCUCGAGCGUUCGCUUAUGAUGAUCGUUUUGCCAAUCCACUCUCGGAGCAGUCAGUACAGCGGGAGCGAUCGCCUGAAUUGGUUGAUCGCCGGUAUAAGCUCAACAACGUCGUCUACCGCGACGAAAGACAAAGUAGCCAUGGCGCUCAUAGAACGCCUAGCAGAUAUGCUAGGUACGAGAGUGUUCGACUCGAGAACGACCGCGCGCGUUCUAGGUCACCAGUAUACGUUAAGACGGGAGGGCAGCCUGGGCAAUACCGCGAGCAUAGCCCUGCCGCUCACUCUUUGCACCCGGAGCCUAUCUAUCACCCACGUACGCCGCAACCGGCGACAGAGGAUGUGCCUUAUGAGAGAGCCCCACGUCAGGAGUACCAACGAGUCUACGCUGAUGACCCCCGACCACGGGCACCUCAAUAUGCGGAGACCUAUGAGCUUGUACGAGUCACGGACUCGCAAGGCGAAUAUAUGCUUCGAAGACCUGUCCGUCGAGAACCUCAGCCGGUGUACGCCGCUUACGAGGAUGAUGGCUACGCUCGACAACCAGUAUAUGAAAGUCGUGCGCCUAUCCCUCGACCAGAACCCGCUUUCUACGAAGAGGAAUACGAUCCACGACAUCCUCAAGCUCUUCAACCGCCUCCCGCAGUUCCAGUUCAUCAAGCCAGCAGGUAUCAGUAG